CGCUGCGGGCUUCGGAGGCUUCGGGGCGGGGAGAGUGCGGCCCAGGCUCCCGGAGCGGACACGGACCGUCUGGAGAACCGGCCGGCGCUGCUGUUGUUGGGACGAGCGCUUCACUGCUUCCCCAGGACUCGGUGUUUUUGGACGGAGGCUUUCAAUUCAAAGAACGGCCCCGGAGUCCUGACAACCGACCAAGCGUCUCCCAGUGGUGCCAUGGAGGAUGGGAAGCCGGUGUGGGCGCCCCACCCAACGGACGGGUUCCAGCUGGGAACCAUUGUGGACAUCGGGUCGGACAGCCUGAGCAUCGAACCCCUGAAACAGAAGGGCAAGACGUUCUUGGCUCCGAUAAACCAGGUUUUUCCUGCAGAAGACGACGUCAACAAACAUGUGGAGGAUAACUGUUCGUUGAUGUACUUAAACGAAGCCACGCUGCUGAACAACGUACGCGUCAGAUACAGUAAAGAUAAAAUCUAUGUGAGUAUUGAAUUCAAUUUAACGUCUCAUCCAUUGAAUACAGACGUUUUAUUCAACUUUAACUUUUAA